CCUCGGUUGGCCGACAGACUCGACACAGACCCCGUCUAUCCGACAGACGUCCCUGACGAUGGAUCGCUUUCUUGACAGUAGGUGUUUUAUACUGGUCCAGCCCCUCCCCUUCGACCACGAGUUUCGCAGCACUCAGACCACCUUCUCUUUCGCACAGGCCAUUUUCUCUCUUUCAUCCCCUCUCAACUACACGCUCCCUCUCUCUUGUGAGCUCAUUACAUUCAUUCGGGGCAGUCGCUGGCCGUGCCUACAUUCAUUUCUUCGAUCAAGCCGUGCUUGGUCUGUUCACCGGUCUCGACGACCAUUGUAGCAAUCUCGAACCUUCCGUCUCCCAACCUCGUCCCUUAUUCACCAUGCACUUCGCCAACGUCAUUAUUUCCACCUUGAUGGUGAUGGCCCAGGCCGAUCUCAUCUCGGCCAAGGCAGUCGUGCAUCUUCCGAAUGCACUUCGACGGAGGCACCUCCUCAACCAGAUCGAAAGAGAUGUGAGCAGAAUUCUGCGGCGAGCACCAGAACCACAGUCCUCCGGCCCUGUUCUUAACGUAGCGACGCCGAACAACAUGACCAACGCAACGAUCGCGACGGCCUGCUCCGAUGCGCUGAGCAAACUCACCAAAGUGAACAACCCUGCCGGGUUCGCGGCUUGUUACAACAUCCUAUCCUACGAUGCCACCAACAAAAACUUUGAAGCCGAUCUUCGACUAUACCAGAUGUUUGCGCCCUCGGGAGCAUUCUCCGGCCUAGCAGCCAACGAUAUCCAGAUCGGCCUCAUUUAUCCUACGAGUACUACCUUCCAACCAGUCACCAACCUGAGGAGGACGAGAAGAUCGCUGGAGGGAAGACAAGGCAACAUGGCUGAGAUCCAGCAAUAUUCCCUCGUCGGCAACUUCGAGUCCAACUUGGACCUGACCAAACUCAACGACACGCAAGUCAUGUCUUUGAUGUGGCCGGACGUCAAGCUCAACGCCGUGGAUUCGUCGCAGAGCAUCAUUAGCGGGAACAUCACCGCUGAUGACGGCGCAUGGUUCGUGGUGGGCAAGUUCAGCGGCGAAUUCAAGACAAGCCUCGUCACACCGACCGUGGCGACUGCUGCCAUCGCCGCCGCGGCACCUUUUGUCCUGCCAGGCACGACUUUUGGAAUCUUCCCCGUCGGGUUUAUCGUCACGAUGGCUUGGACGGUCUUGUUUUUCCUGGCGUUUGGUCUCGGCACCAUCGGCCGCAUGAAGUAUAGAGAAGUGUACAGGAAAAGAAAGGCAGCCCAGGCUGGCAGGACGGGGAAGAGAAUAUAAAGAGAAACCGGGCAGGAAACUGCAAAUGCGAAUAUCUUUUAUGGUGGACUUUGAUUUGGAAAUUCGGACGCCUUUGAGCAACUUCUGUCAGAUACCCUCAUUUACAAUACGGACGAAUUGAGAAUUGGAUUGAUUUGGCUUGGAUUUGGCUUGGCUUGAACUGAGCUCUUGUACCAAUAGCGGCAUUGCAAUGGUGUUCUGGUCCUGGCCUGGUCUAGUCCGAAGGACUCGCAAGAUGGCGAUGGAAGAGGAUGCGAUGAGAGAAGAGAAAGAACAAAAACGUCGAGAAAUAGAAUCAAGAAUCAAGAAUCAAGAAUCAAGACACGUGAUUGAAA